CAUAUACAGACGCGGGAGAAACACAAAUUUGUUCAACUUUGGUCCUCUGGCCGUAUAAAUAUCUGCGUCUUUUUGCUCCUCUCUGCUUCUCUGCUCCUCUUUACACUCUUUCUCCCUGCCGUUUCUCGUGUGCUUGAACAGCGCAAAUGGAUUCUCCGUCGUCCGUUUUGUCAUCCGACGACGCCACAGCCGUGAAAUGUUCCAUCUGCAUGGAGGGCGUCUCUGACAACUGUGGCCGCACUAUCGUCAAGCUUCAGUGCUCUCACUUGUUUCACCUCGAUUGCAUUGGUUCUGCAUUCAAUGUAAAGGGUAUCAUGGAAUGCCCUAAUUGUCGCGAAAUUGAGAAUGGCAAAUGGAGGUACUAUGUAUCUCGUAGCCCUGACCGUGAGCCCGACCUAUCUGAGGACGAGAUGGAUUAUGAGGACAGUCCUAUAGAGUUCCUUGACAUGGUAAAAGGGCUACAGGGAACUAUGCUACGCCGUUUCCAUCACGGUGAAUGGGAAAUGGGAUGGUUAUCGCCUACCCGUCACAGCUCAGAACCACAUUUUGAAGCGGGUUUGCUUGACCCUUAUUCGGUCUUUUCUGGUAAUCCUUAUACCUACAAUCAAUGGACUGGCCUUCCGGUACCCAGCGAGGUAUUUCCUUCGAAUCCUUCCAGGAUUGACUGGAGACCCGAACCUUUAAUUUGUGAUAGCUGUACCAAUUUGCUUUCAACCGGUGACUAUACUGGUGGUGCUAAUUGGUCUUUGUAUCCAUCGGCAACCUUGAGUUCCGGGAUUGAUUAUAUUGGCAUGCCAAAUGCACCAUUUGUUCCUCUAGUUGUUGAGGGCGGUUAUGAAUCCCCAUUUGGUUUCGGUUAUCAAAGAAGCAAUGAUCCCCUUCAUUCCAACUUCCGGCAGCAGCUGCCAACCAAUUUCCCUUCACAAGUGGCGCACGCUUCCAUGGGAAGAUCAAAUGACUUGAUGCACUGGCUUUGGAAAGGGCAGACAACACCUUCACUUGGACAGACUGCAGACUCCAUUCCAUUUUCUGUGAACAUGAACUCUAGCCUGUCAUCAGCAACCAACGAUCAUCGCCAUGUCCAGGAAGGAAAUGGGGUCCAACCUCAACGACUGUUUCCAGAAGCCGCCGGUUCUUUAACUUCUUUUUUCCCCGACGUGAAUCAGUAAGCCGGUGCCAGAGCAGAAAAUGGCUUUGUUGCUACCCCUUCAAUAACUAAGCAACUGCAUCGUUUGUUUCUAUGGGAAGCAUAAACUUUCUAUUUAUUAUAAAGUUGUUAUUUCAUGCUUGUUUUAUGCAAGCAACCGAAGCAAAAACCAAUAAAGUAGGGUUUGCUCCGAA